AUGUUUUUAUAUUUUUCAUAUUUCACUGCACUAUUAAAUGAAACUUUUGUUUUAGAUUUAAAAAUACAACAGUCUUAUACUCAAUACUUCGAACAAACAAUCAUGUCAUCAUCAGCUAUGGACCAACAUAAAAUUAGUACACCUGGUAAAACAAGUGAAUUAGUUGAAGCUGCUAUCGAACAAUCACCUUCUCGUCCACCAGCUGCUGGUGGUGCUACAUCAUCUCAAAAUGAAACUGCACCAUCUGAGACCCUGGUCACAGCUAGUAUGACAGAUAGACCUCAAAAUUAA